UGAAAAUUUUAGGUAGAUUUACCUCGUAUAUAUGUAGUUUGUGAUGUCAAUUACAAUUCUUCCUGAUGAUUUAUAGUCCAUAUCUGUGAUCGAUCGUGUAGUUUAGUAUGCUUUAAAUCCACAAAUGGACGAGAUGGGUGCUAAUUUUUCUUUGGAACAACAGUGGACAUGCAAUAAGUGCACCUUGAUAAACCGAGGUAGAAAUUCCACCUGCUUAGCUUGUGACCAUCGUAAACAAUCCACUGCGACAUGGAUUUGUCAAUUUUGUGGCUCUCGUAAUCCACACACUGUAGUUCUUUGUAACAGCUGUGGAUCGGAUCGGGAGGUUGCUCGAAAUGCUGAUAGCAGUGGUAAACAAUGGACGUGCCCUCGAUGUACUUUAACUAAUCCGUGGAAUAGAUCUAUCUGUUCUGCUUGUCGGUUGGAACCUCCUAUCGCAGUGGCCAAUUCUGUGAAAGCUUCCGUAAGUGAAAGAACUUUUUCCCGCCCAAAAAUUUAUCCCGAUCUGUCGCUUGAACUACAUCCAACUAUUGCUCAGCAAAGUUCAGAGGGUCUGAAAUGUCCUAAAUGCCAAAGUUUGUUAUAUGACAAUGUCGGAGUUCACUGUACAGUUUGCCAUUCACCUUGCCCGGAAGAAGGUUUUAAACCUCGACCAUUUCCGAAAUCUUCCAUUCCUUCUGUAUCUAAAAGCCCUCUUGGAGACCGUUGGAGUUGUUCUCAAUGUACAUUUGACAACAAAGGUCCUGGUGAGGUGGAUUCUGGUUGGUCCUGCACAGCUUGCACUCUAUAUAACCCAAUUAGCACUGCUGUGUGCAGUGCUUGUGGUGCCAAGAAAGAUCUUGAUGAUCAAGGGUUUCAGACAUCACCCUCAGCAAGUCCAAGGAGAGCAAUGCAACGCCAACAGAGUAUCAAUUCUGAGUCCAGGAGAAUUCGAGAUGAGAAACAAGCUAAAGAACAAUGGAUCAAUGUUGUACAAUAUUGUAAAAGUGCCAAAAUUGAAUUUGUUGAUGACUCCUUCCCACCCACUGACAAGUCUCUGUACUUUGAACCACGCCAUUCUGAUCACCCUCGUGUGACAGAUUGGCGACGUCCUGUAAAAAUCAAGGCAUUUAGAGGGGAGCAUGGCACUACAUCAAUUCCUUUGGCCGUAUUCCGUAAUCCUAGGCCUGAUGACAUCAUGCAAGGAGUUCUGGGUGACUGCUGGUUUUUAAGUGCGAUGGCUGUCUUAGGUGAAAGACCAGAACUUUUGGAAAAGAUUGUGAUAACAAGAGAGAUCAAUAAUGAAGGAGCUUACCAAGUUCGCCUUUGCAAAGAUGGAAAAUGGACGAUAAUCUUGGUUGAUGACUUACUACCUUGCAAUCGCUAUGGACAACCAGUUUAUUCACAGGCCCGACGACAGCAAUUAUGGGUACCUUUGAUUGAGAAGGCCAUGGCCAAACUGCAUGGUUGUUAUCAGGCUCUUACUGCUGGACGCUGUAUUGAAGGCCUACAAACUUUGACAGGAGCACCUUGUGAGAGUUUUAUGCUGCAUGAGCCUCCACACCCUACAAGUGAUAUAGAAGUUAUCGAUAAAGACAUGAUUUGGGCACAGCUUCUGAGCUGCAGGACUGCAGGGUUUUUAAUGGGUGCUUCCUGUGGUGGAGACACGAAGCCAGAGGAAAAAGAUCUUUUUGCAGCGGUUGGUUUGCAGACUCACCAUGCGUACUCAGUGCUUGAUGUUAAGGAUGUCCAUGGAAUAAGACUCGUUCGUCUUCGAAACCCGUGGGGUCGCUUCUCGUGGACUGGUGACUGGUCUGAUGGGUCCCCACUGUGGAACCCUGAAUUAAGAUAUGAACUGAUGGCCCUUGGAUCUGAGGAAGGAGUCUUUUGGAUGUCCCUCGAAGACUUCAUGAAGUACUUUGAUAGUGUAGACGUGUGUAAGAUCAGAGAGGGCUGGGCAGAGGCUCAUGUCAAUGGAUGCUUCCCGCAAUUUGCUGGUCCCCCUGCCAAGGUUGCCUUGGUGAAUGUGUUUAACACAACAGAAGUCGAGUUUUGGUUGUUCCAAGAAGGAGUCAGGGGGAAAGCGGAGGGUGUUAAAGCACUCCUUGAUCUGUCAAUCAUCGUGUGUCGCACAUCCUCCGGUACGGCAAAUCCCAGGCCCCUUUCACUUGUCUGCCACAGUAAGAGGCAAGUGAAGACCAAUGUAUCGUGCAGCGGUAUUCUGGAAGAAGGAACCUAUAUGAUAAUUUGUUCAGCUUUUAACCAUUGGCAGUCAUUAGAAGCAAAAAUUGAUGAAGCAAUGGGAGCAUCAUUCGUCAAAGGACUAGUGGGUGAAGAGCUUUAUCCAAGUUAUGUUCUCACUGUUCACAGUUCCCGCGCUGUCAUGGUGGACCAGAUUCCAAUGACAGACUACUGUUUGGCUGAUUCGCUGUUGCUAUUGGCUACGACAAAAGGCAAAAGGCACGAGUCGCAUCAUGUGUGAUAAUGGGUAUGGAGCAUAUGGCGCUCAUCACAAUCCACAACUGAUACCUGAACUCUAUGGACUGCAUAGCGCGCGACCCUUAUGACGAAGGGUUUGUUUACGCGUUUUAUGGACCUAACCCUAAUGAUAGUCCUACCCACAGUGAGUAAUACGAACCAAACCGCAAUUCUACCUGACCAUGCAACGUGAGUUCACUGAGAUGGUUUUAAGGCAAAGGCUGACCUGCGAGAUCUUGCGGCUUCUAGGCUGAUGACGUGAUGGCAUUUGAACAACAAUGAAAAGGCGUCUCGAUGGAGGUCUUAAAAUCCAUAUCCAAAAACUAACGGCUAAACGCCACGAUGAAGACAAAAAUACACCGACCGCCGAUUAGAACUCAAAUCAAUAUUGCGUUAAUUGCCGGAAAUGGCGAGUGACCAAGUCUCGAUUGGAUGAAGUGUUUCAUCUGAUUGGUUCAAAACGUGGCUUGAGUUUUGCUGUACCAAUCACAGGGCGAAGAGAAGGAUACCAAUCCAAAAUUACUUUCAAUGGGAGUUUCUAUAAAUUAAGGUGCUUAGUCUCUGGCGUAGGGUUCGUCAGUCUGCAAUAAAGCCAGGCCAUUCUUUCGGGUCAAGUUGAAUAUGAUACUGGGUUUCGACAUAAGUGUGGAAAAUAUUUAUUUUUUAGAAGUUUUUCGAAGUGAAAGCAAAAGGUUUUUCCAUUGAAUUGUGAACGUGCAACAGCGCAAACGAGUACCCUCUAACCCUCUAAAGGUGUUGAACGAGUCAGUGAUUUGUUGAAGAGACAGGGAAAAAAACAUGUGGGUCUCGGCCUUUCCUAUUUGGCUUAACGAACAAACAAGCUAACCUUAAGGCUAUCACAAUUUACAGAGGACACGAUUAUUACUAGUAUGAUGAUCAUCAUGGAUGUUAUUACCAUAACUUUUAUCUGAAUCAUCAUUUUACAUUUUAUCAUUUUACUUAGAGAUUUCUGUAACAUCAAAUUCUGUUGCUUACAGCAAUUAAUAAAAUUAGGGUCAAACGUAUCUUAUAUCACUCCUUCGAA